GAGCAUCAGAUGUGAGUGCGGGCUCCUGGCGUCCGGAGCUGCUCCCCCUGCUUCCCCGCUCCCCGAGCUCCAGGGCCACCGCCAGGGGCCACCGCCUGCCUGCCCCGCACCGCUCCGGCUUCAUGGGACCCCGAGCCGAUCCGAUCCGAGCCGAACCGCGCCGAGCCGGAGCUCGCCCAGGACGCAGCGCCCGAGAGCCCUCAGCCCGAGUCCGAGCUGUAUUGGGUGCAAUGACCUCUCCAUACAGACCUCGCCAUGGAAGGCUGUGACACUUCUCCUAUCCCUGGCACGGACAAUGGGUGCAGUGUUCCACCAAACCAACAAUGGACUGAACUCAGCAGUGCUCUCCACCUUGAUAAAUCUGGCAACAUGGAGCAGUCCAAUAUUGAAAGCCAUGUUUCUCUGCAAGGUCUGAGUGGCUCAUUCAAUGAACGCAUCUCUGAAAGCGCUAACCCAUCCGGUGCCAUCUCUGAGCCUUCUGUCAGAGCGGUUGGUUGCAACGAAUGUUCAUCCUCCUUUGCUAGUUUACAGAACUACAUGGAGCAUCACUGCCCUGGUACGCGGCCACCUCUCUCACUGAAGGAGGAGAGUGAGAGCGAUAUGAGUGAGGAAGAAGAGGAGGAGAGUGACGUAGAGAACCUGGCUGGAGAAAUAGUCUACCAGCCUGAUGGCUCUGCAUACAUAGUGGAAAGUGUCAGCCAACUGAUCCAAAGUGGCGAGGCUUGUGAUGACCGGCCUAAUGAGGCCCUUCUUUCCUUGUAUACAAACUCCUUACCCAAUACAACAGGAAAAUUGGAGGAAUCAUCAUCCAUUGGCCACACUAAUCCACAAAUUAUUAACACUUUCCACAUAGCCUCGUCUUUCAGGAAGUGGUUUGAGAGUUCGGACAAGUCUUUCCUGAAUACCUCAGCACCAGCGGGUGUAAGCCCCGUUCUGCAUAGCUUCCGGGUGUUUGACGUGCGACACAAAAGCAACAAAGAUUACCUAAAUAGCGAUGGUUCUGCCAAAAGCUCAUGUGUAUCCAAAGAUGUCCCCAACAAUGUAGACCUGUCCAAAUAUGAUGGCUUUGUGCUGUAUGGUAAGAGGAAACCCAUCCUAAUGUGUUUUUUGUGCAAACUUUCCUUUGGCUAUGUCCGGUCAUUUGUGACCCAUGCUGUGCAUGACCACAGAAUGACUCUAAGUGAGGAGGAGCGGAAGAUUCUUAGCAACAAGAACAUAUCCGCCAUUAUUCAAGGGAUCGGAAAAGAUAAAGAACCUCUUGUUAGUUUUCUGGAACCAAAAAACAAAACUUUUCAGCACCCUGUAGGUCCUUCAGCAAACUCAACUGGUCCCGGGAAUAGUUUUUAUGGGAAAUUUAGUGGCAUUCGGGUGGAGGGGGAUGAGGCCUUUCAGGCUAGUCUAGCACUUCUAAAAGAGAAUGACACCACCACCAGUGGGAUAGAACAGACACAGUCCAACCUCUUGGUCCAAAAUUCUCUUAUUAAUCUUGGCGGGUUGACAAGUUCCUCUAUUAGUACUCCCGGUAGCUCCAUCCCUUUAAGCUCCUCAGGCAUUGGUUCUAACAAACCCUCUUGCAGCAAGGAAGCAGAAAUAACUGAACUGGGUCAUCAGAAAGUGGGAGACCAAGACAGCACAUCUAAAAGCCAAGACAUUCAAGAGGACGAUCGCGAAGAGUAUGAUGAGGAAGAGCUGGAUGAGGAAGAAGAAGAAAUGGAUGAGGAAGAUGAUGAUGAAGAGGAUUGCAAAACCUUGUUUCCGAGUGGGCUUCAGGAUGAUUUUGUGGACAGGGGUCAAGAAGGGUCUGGGGUGUUUGCCGGGAGCAAUGGGAAAAAGGACAUAGCUCUCACAAACCAAAGUAUUUCUAACUCUAAUUUAAUGCCUAACAUGCCCCAGCCUAUGUUGAGGGGCACCCCUUCUACUUGUUCUAGUUCAUUUAUUGUCUUUGAUGGUGCAAACAGGAGGAACCAUUUAAGCUUUAACACUGAUGGUGUUGGUGCCAGCAUGAUAGAAUGUGGGAGGAAAUUGGACUUUAUGGAUGAAAGUGCCAAUAGAGACAAUUCCACAGCACUUGAACCAAAUGAAAGUGUCGAGGGAGAGGAAGGAAGCUGUGCCACCCACCACCAGCAUACCGAUAACCCUUGCGACCUUGGAGCAGGGGAAUGCCCUUCUGGGAGUGGGGUGGAGUGUCCAAAGUGUGACACUGUACUGGGCUCGUCACGCUCACUUGGAGGACACAUGACCAUGAUGCACUCUCGAAACUCGUGUAAGACUCUUAAGUGUCCAAAGUGUAAUUGGCAUUACAAGUAUCAGCAAACGCUGGAAGCACACAUGAAGGAGAAACACCCUGAACCGGGUGGCUCCUGUGUAUACUGCAAAUCUGGGCAGCCUCAUCCUCGGCUUGCCCGGGGUGAAAGCUACACAUGUGGUUACAAGCCUUUCCGCUGUGAGGUCUGUAACUACUCCACCACUACCAAAGGCAACCUCAGUAUUCAUAUGCAGUCUGACAAGCAUCUGAACAACAUGCAGAACCUGCAGAACGGAGGGAGUGACCAAGUUUUCAGCCACACUGCCGGAGUCGCGGUUGCUGCCGCCACUGCAGCAGCUGCCACCAACAUCAGUACCUCCUGUGGGGCACCUUCACCAACCAAACCAAAAACUAAACCCACCUGGCGCUGUGAAGUGUGUGACUAUGAAACAAAUGUUGCCAGGAACCUACGUAUUCACAUGACUAGUGAGAAGCACAUGCACAAUAUGAUGCUGCUUCAACAGAAUAUGACCCAAAUUCAACACAACAGGCACUUAGGGCUCAGCAGUUUGCCCUCUCCUGCUGAAGCCGAGCUCUAUCAAUUCUACUUGGCACAAAACAUGAACCUGAACAGGGACAAUGCUGCCUCAGAGUCCCAGUUCAUCAUGGGUGGGUUCCAGCUUGAUCCAUCCAGUCCCAUGACCGGGAUGGGCCCCGGACUAGUGGGCGGUGAGAUCCCUUUGGACAUGAGGCUAGGGGGAGGACAGCUGGUGUCUGAGGAGCUCAUGAACCUUGGGGAGAGUUUUACUCAAACAAAUGACCCUUCCUUGAAACUCUUCCAGUGUGCUGUGUGUAACCGUUUCACCACGGAUAACCUGGAUGUGCUGGGUCUGCACAUGGGCGUGGAACGUAGUCUGCCAGAGGAGGAGUGGAAAGCUGUGGUGGGCGAUUCUUACCAGUGCAACCUCUGCCGCUACAACACCCAGCUCAAGGCAAACUUUCAACUGCACUGUAAAACUGACAAACACAUUCAAAAAUACCAACUUGUGGCUCAUAUCAAAGAGGGCGGAAAGGCCAAUGAGUGGAGGCUGAAAUGUGUGGCCAUUGGCAACCCAGUGCAUUUAAAGUGCAACGCCUGUGACUAUUACACCAACAGUUUGGACAAACUGCGUCUGCACACCGUGAACUCCAGGCACGAGGCCAGCCUGAAACUGUACAAGCACUUACAGCAGCAUGAAAGUGGAGUUGAAGGGGAGGCUUGGUACUAUCACUGCGUGCUGUGCUCUUACUCAACCAAGGCCAAACUCAAUCUCAUCCAGCACGUGCGGUCCAUGAAACACCAGCGCAGCGAGAGUCUCCGGAAAUUACAACGCUUACAGAAAGGACUCCCGGAGGAGGAAGAGGAACUGAGCCAGAUAUUUACAAUCCGAUCGUCUUCAUCGCCGGCAGACACUGAGGAGCCAAUCGAGGAUGCUGAGGGGUCUUGUGAAGCUGCUGUGGAUAGUGAAGAAGUCUCAAAAGGCCAUGAGCUGGACAGUGCGAAGGACUCAAGCAGGAGUAUGGCUUCUUCGGACACCGCUGAGCCCGACCUUUCGAAUGCCACACCUUCCAAGAUAUCAUGUACCAGCAGUGCAGAACAAGCAUCAUCUGUAAAACACAAAUCUUCUGAGGAAAAGAAACAUGAACAGAUGUACCAGUGCCCAUACUGUAAAUACAACAAUGGCGAUGUGAAUCGCCUACGUGUUCAUGCCAUGACGCAGCACUCUGUACAACCCAUGCUGCGGUGCCCACUGUGCCAGGACAUGCUCAACAACAAGAUCCACCUACAGCUGCACCUCACCCACCUGCACAGUGUGGCGCCUGACUGUGUGGAAAAGCUUAUCAUCACAGUAACUGCCCCAGAAAUGAUAAUGCCGAGCAGCAUGUUCCUCCCAGUGAGUUCCCCAGAGCCAGACAGGUCCACUGCAGCCUCUGCUGCUGAGAGCACGGAUAAGUUUCCUGAACCCGCUGAAGAAUUGUCCAAGAGCACAUCUGAAGGACUCGAGUUUGGCACAGAGCAGAGAGCUCUUCCGAGUGAACACAACUCUGUGAGAGAGGAUUCUGGGUUCCUGUGCUGGAAGAAAGGAUGUAACCAGGUUUUUAAAACCUCUGCCGCCCUGCAAACACAUUUUAAUGAUGUCCAUAACAAGCGCCCUCAACUGCCCGUUUCUGACCGCCACGUUUACAAAUACCGCUGUAACCAAUGCAGCCUGGCUUUCAAAACUGUGGAAAAGCUUCAGUUGCAUUCACAGUAUCACGUUAUCCGGGCUGCUACCAUGUGCUGCUUGUGCCAGAGGAGCUUCAGAACGUUCCAGGCUCUGAAGAAGCACCUGGAAACCAGCCACCUUGAGCUGAGCGAAUCGGACAUCCAGCAGCUGUACAGUGGGCUUCUGGUGAAUGGAGAUAUUUCUACCAUGGGAGAUGGUUCUGUGGUUGAAGACCCGAACAUGAUGAUAGAAGAUGAUAAAGAGGAUGAGAGUGACUUAGAGGAUAAGCAGAGUCCAACAGGAAGUGAUUCAGGGUCUGUGCAGGAAGAUUCUGGUUCUGAGCCCAAGCGAGCUCUCCCAUUUCGAAAAGGUCCAAAUUUCACCAUGGAGAAGUUUUUGGAUCCUUCCCGACCCUACAAGUGUACAGUUUGCAAGGAGUCUUUUACACAAAAGAACAUUCUGUUGGUCCAUUAUAAUUCUGUUUCCCACUUGCACAAGCUUAAACGAGCCUUGCAGGAAUCGACAACUGGGCAGCCUGAACCUACCAGUAGCCCAGACAACAAACCCUUUAAGUGCAAUACCUGUAGUGUCGCUUACAGCCAGAGCUCCACCUUAGAGAUCCACAUGAGGUCAGUGUUACACCAGACCAAAGCCCGCGCAGCAAAGCUUGAAGCUGCUGGUGGCAAUACAAGUGGGGCAAGUGCCAACAGCACGUGCACAACUGCAACUGCUACAACUACUCCAAACCCAAUUAGCACUAAUGUUUCAACUACUUCAAGCUGCACAGCCACAGUUACAUCUGCUACAAGUGCCAGUUGUAGGACUCAAGCACCCAUGGAAAUUGCAGGGAACACCCCUGCAAGUAAUAUUCCUGCUAGUGUACCCUGUCCUCCUGAACACAAAGAUGUAAACCGUAAGAAAUUGGCAGACAUGAUAGCUUCUCGUCAACAGCAGCAGCAACAGCAGCAGCAACAACAGCAGCAACAACAGCAGCAACAACAACAAGCCCAGUCUUUGGCUCAGGCUCAAGCCCAGGUCCAAGCCCAUUUUCAGCAAGAGUUUCAACAGCAAGCUGCACUCCUUCAGUCUCAGUUAUUAAAUCCGACCCUGCUUCCCCAUUUUCCCAUGACAACAGAGACCUUGCUCCAGCUUCAACAGCAGCAACAUCUCCUCUUUCCUUUCUACAUCCCUAGCACAGAUUUCCAGUUCAAUCCAGAAGUUAGCUUGCCACUAACCAGUGGGACAUUGACUUUGACCGGAAGUAGCCCUGGUUUACUAGAAGACCUAAAGACUCCAAUGCAGCUCCAUCAACAACAAGUUCAUGCACACCACCAGCAUUUACAGCAAGGACCAAUGUGCAUAACAGAGACACACCCUUCACUCUUGCAACCACCUGAACAAAAAAUGAAACCUGUGAAAGAAAGUUUUAAGGAACUAAAGAAGGAAAGAGACUUUUCUGAGAGAGCAGAUGAGACUUGUGCAAAUGAGUCCUCGUCGGAUACCCUGAAAUGCAAAGAGAAGAAAGAGCUUGCUUCUGGAUCCUGCUCUGAUUCUUUCUUGCCCCCACCUCGUAUUUCAUCGGAUGCACGAGGUAAUGCCACCAAAGCUUUGCUUGAGAACUUUGGCUUUGAACUUGUAAUUCAGUAUAAUGAAAACAAGCAAAAAUCACAGAAAAAGAAUGGGAAAAAUGAGCAAGGAGAUUGCUUGGAGAAGUUGGAAUGCAGCUCUUGUGGGAAACUUUUCUCCAAUAUUCUAAUAUUGAAGAGUCACCAAGAACAUGUUCAUCAACGGUAUCUUCCCUUCAAGCAAUUAGAACGGUUUGCCAAGCACUACAGAGAUCACUAUGACAAACUGUAUCCAUUGAGGCCUCAAACACCUGAAGCUCCACCUCCUCCGCCACCGCCUCCACCUCCUCCACCACCACCUCCAGCAACUCCGCAACCAGCCAUUACCCCAACAAUACCCACCUCAGCUCCUCCUAUAACACCACCCAGUAUUUCACCAGCCCAAACAUCGGUGCCACUGGCUCAGCUUUCAAUGCCAAUGGAACUUCCUAUAUUUUCUCCCCUUAUGAUGCAAACCAUGCCCUUACAGUCAAUGCCAGGCCAGCUGCAACCUCAGAUAGGUUCUGUGGAUUCACUGUCUGCUGACUUGGCUCAGUUAUAUCAACAUCAGCUCAAUCCCAGUCUUUUGCAACAACAAAACAAACGACCACGGACUAGAAUUACUGAUGACCAGCUCAGAGUUCUCCGCCAGUAUUUUGAUAUUAAUAAUUCCCCAAGUGAGGAACAGAUUAAAGAAAUGGCUGAUAAAUCUGGGUUGCCGCAAAAAGUAAUCAAGCAUUGGUUCAGAAAUACCCUUUUUAAGGAGCGUCAACGCAAUAAAGAUUCCCCCUAUAACUUUAACAAUCCUCCCAUUACAAGUUUGGAGGAGCUGAAGAUGGACUCCAAGCCUCCAUCACCAGAGCCUCAAAAACAUGAAUACUGGGGAAGCAAAAGAUCAUCUAGAACCCGCUUUACAGACUACCAACUUCGUGUCCUUCAAGAUUUUUUUGAUGCCAAUGCUUAUCCUAAAGAUGAUGAAUUUGAACAGCUCUCCAACUUAUUGAAUCUUCCUACACGUGUAAUUGUUGUCUGGUUCCAAAAUGCACGUCAAAAAGCAAGGAAAAACUAUGAAAAUCAAGGUGAUGGCAAGGAAGGGGAACGAAGAGAGCUGACCAAUGACCGAUAUAUACGUACAAGUAACCUAAACUACCAGUGUAAAAAGUGCAACUUAGUCUUUCAGCGAAUAUUUGACUUGAUUAAACAUCAGAAGAAGCUAUGUUAUAAAGAUGAGGAUGAAGAUAUGAACGAUGACAGCCAAAAUGAAGACUCCAUGGAUGCUACAGAUUUACUAACCCCAUCCAGUUCUUCAUGCAGUACCCCUAUGCCGUUCCAGUCGUUUAGCACCGCAGCCUCAUCUUCAGCCAACACAAGCUGCACAACUUUCCUUCCACAAAUGUCAGAGAUAGAAGAUGCUCUUGCAUUCUGUUCCAAACAAGAGGCUACUCACGAAGAAAAACCAAAGCAUUUUGAACCUUCAAGAGGACCGCAAAACCAAACUCAAGAGCAGCCAGUGCAACCAAAGCAAGAGCCUCAGCAGACCCCUCUAACGCAAUCACAGCCACUGCAGCAGGAACAAUCAGAACAGAAAGUUAAUUCAACACCACAGAAACUCCCACCUUUUUCCUCCCAGUCUGUACAACCACAAACUUCUCAGUGUUCCAUCGCUCAGUCAAGUCCCAAUUCAGCCCUACUACAGCAUCUGCCCCUCAAGCCUCUUCACUCCUCUACACCACAACCAUUAACAAAUCUGGCUCCUCCACUUAUUCCCUACCAAUGUGAUCAGUGCAAACUAGCAUUUCCCUCUUUUGAGCACUGGCAGGAACACCAACAGCUUCACUUUCUAAGUCAAAGCCAAUUUAUCCAUCCCCAAUUCCUAGAUAGACCUAUGGAUAUGUCCUUCAUGCUUUUCGAUCCCAGUAAUCCACUUCUAGCCAGUCAGCUUCUAUCUGGGGGCCUCCCUCAAAUGCCAAGUAGUUCUGCUACCUCCCCUUCCACACCAUCUUCCACAAUGAAUACACUGAAAAGGAAGCUGGAAGAAAAGGCUAAUGCAAGUCCAGGAGAGAAUGAUAGCGGGACGGGUGGAGAAGAACCACAAAGGGACAAACGCUUACGAACAACCAUAACCCCUGAGCAGUUAGAGAUUCUGUACCAAAAAUAUCUAUUGGAUUCAAACCCAACACGCAAAAUGUUGGACCACAUUGCUCAUGAAGUUGGACUGAAAAAACGUGUGGUUCAGGUCUGGUUUCAAAAUACCCGUGCCCGAGAAAGAAAAGGACAGUUCAGAGCAGUUGGCCCUGCACAAGCCCAUAGGCGUUGCCCAUUUUGCAGAGCCCUGUUUAAAGCAAAAACUGCGCUUGAAGCUCACAUCCGAUCCCGCCACUGGCAUGAGGCAAAACGUGCUGGCUAUAAUAUGAGCUUAUCUGCAAUGCUUGUUGAUUGCGAUGGUGGGAUCCAGUUGAAAGGCGAUCUCUUUGACAGUUCUGGCUUCCAUAACCUUCAACAGAGUAGCAGUGAUGGUCAAUGUAUUUCCCUCUCUCCAGUAAGCAAGUCCAUGGACCUGUCCCCCAGAACACUGCUCAGUCCAUCAUCUAUUAAAGUGGAAGGAAUGGAAGAUUUUGAAAGCCCCUCCAUGUCUUCUGUCAACUUGAGCUUUGAUCAGACUAAGCUGGACAACGAUGAUUGCUCAUCUGUAAACACUGCUAUAACUGACACAACAACAGGAGAUGAAGGCAAUGCUGACAAUGACAGCACCACGGGUAACCUAGCUGAAACCAAAUCUACUUCUGUAACCAGUGAGGGCUUGCCAAAGUCUGCCAUGAUGACCAUGUCUGAAUAUGAGGACCAAAUGUCUUCUGGUUUGGUCAGCCCUGCCCCAAGCUACUACAGCAAAGAGUAUGACAACGAAGGCAUGAUUGAUUAUAGUGAAACUUCCAGCCUUGCUGACCCUUGCUCUCCCAGCCCAGGUGCAAGUGGCUCAGCUGGCAAGUCGGGGGAUAGUGGGGACCGCCCUGGUCAGAAACGCUUUAGGACGCAAAUGACAAACCUUCAGCUUAAAGUUCUUAAAUCUUGCUUUAAUGACUAUAGAACCCCUACAAUGCUGGAGUGUGAAGUCCUGGGCAAUGAUAUCGGACUGCCAAAGAGAGUCGUCCAGGUCUGGUUUCAGAAUGCCCGGGCAAAAGAAAAGAAAUCUAAGUUGAGCAUGGCAAAGCACUUCGGAAUAAACCAAACAAACUAUGAGGGACCCAAAACAGAGUGCACUUUGUGUGGUAUCAAGUACAGCGCAAGAUUGUCUGUGCGGGAUCAUAUCUUUUCCCAACCGCACAUUUCCAAAGUUAAGGACGCUAUUGGAAGCCAGUUGGACAAGGAAAAAGAAUAUUUUGAUCCUGCUACGGUUCGCCAGCUGAUGGCCCAGCAGGAAUUGGACCGUAUCAAAAAGGCCAACGAGGUCCUGGGUUUGACAUCCCAGCAGCAAAGUGUGUUUGAUAAUCCUUCAUUGCAAGCACUCAAUCUUCCAACAGCCUACCCGGCUCUCCAAGGAAUCCCUCCGGUCCUGCUGCCAGGUCUCAGCAGCCCAUCCUUGCCAGGCUUUCCUCCAGCUAACACAGCUUUAAGUUCUCCUAAAUCAAAUGUGAUGGGAGGGUCCAGCACAACAAUCCCUUCCCCUGGCCUUCCCACUUCUGGACAACCAAAUAAGCAACCCCCCAAGACUCAAAGCCCCACCAUCCCACCUCCGACUCACUUGUUACCUGUUACCCAACAAGCAGAGAUGCAGAAAGAGAAAGAAGGAGAGAAGAUGAAAGAGAAAGAAAAGGGGAAAGGAAAAGGAGACCCCUCACCUGUACCCAAAAAGGAAAAGGGGGAAACUCCAGCAUCAACUUCCACUUUGAUGCCAGGAAUGGAAUAUGUAGUGGACUCCUCACAACUCCAAGCUUUACAAGCUGCUCUGACGUCCGAUCCCACAACCCUGCUCACUAGUCAGUUUCUCCCUUAUUUUGUUCCUGGCUUCUCUCCGUACUACGGUGCACAGAUACCCGGAACCUUGCCAGGUGGUUACCUUCAACCAAUGUAUGGUAUGGAAAGUCUGUUUCCGUAUAACCCUGCUAUCUCACAAGCUUUAAUGGGCCUUUCACAGAGUUCUUUGCUUCAGCAGUACCAACAAUACCAGCAAAGCUUGCAAGAAGCCCUUCAGCAGCAGCAACGACAACUACAACUACAGCAGCAGCAGCAGCAGCAUCAGAAAUCACAACACCAUCACCAUCAAAGAUUGCAGCAGCCACAGCCCAAAGCAAGCCAACCCCCAGCACCCCCCUCCAGCAAAGACCCUGCCAAAGACUCCCACAAGCUGGAAGAACAGAAUCUGAUGACUCAUGAGGUAUCGGUUUCCAACAAGCCCCCAGAACAGCAAGAGAUGGAAAGCCAAGGUGCAGACUGUCUAGUAGACCCAUUCAUUGUCCCAAAGGUGCAGUACAAGUUGGUCUGCCGGAAGUGUGAGCUGAGCUUCAGCAGUGAAGAGGCGGCUAUCAGCCAUCUGAAGUCCCUCUGCUUCUUUGGUCAAUCUGUGGUGAACCUGCAAGAGCUGGUAACAUGCGUCCCCACUGGUGACAGCAGUGGUUCUUACCGCUGCUUGGGCUGUGAGGCCACUCUCUGUGGGGGCGAUGCUCUGCGUCAACAUCUGGAGUCGCCCUUGCACAAACACAGAACAAUCAAAAGAACAGCAAGAAACGCCAAAGAGCACCCUAGUUUAUUACCUCACUCUGCCUGCUUCCCCAACCCUGACACCGCAUCUACCUCUCAGUCUGCUGCUGACUCCAAAGCCAGCCUCUCACCUCCAUCCCCUUCUGCUUCACCCCACCACACCUCCACAAAGUCUUGGUCUCACAGUGCUCCCAAAAAAACUCCUCCUUUUCCCACGCUUUCCUCAUCUUCAACAGUUACCUCAAGUCCGUGCAGCACCUCAGGGGUUGCAACCUCCUUUCCAACAGACGGCUUCUCUGAGGAGUCUGAUUCGGACCUCAGCCAAAAGUCUGACAGGGCGGGAAGUCCUUUGGGCGCUCCUGAGAACCAAGGCUGUCAUGAGGACAGCUCUCGGACUGCUGUGGGAGUGGGAUCUUUACGACUGUAGACUUCGGAGAUGGACAAUGAAAAAUAAUAAAAUAUGAAUUUAAAAUAAUAAAAAAACAUGACAAACCAAUUUCACAAACAGAAAUACUGCAAAUUCCAAAGCUUCUAACCAAAAAAGAGGACCCCUCCCUCCCUUGUAUGAUUCUCUUCAUUCCUGCACCUGCCCACUGACCUGUUCUCUCCCCUACCUAUUGUCACAUUGACCCUAAAACAGGGAACUGGCUCAUUUACUCCCCCUUAUUUGGAGUUUGGCCACCCUGUGGUGGCACCCCUUCUCUGCUCACAUAGCGAUGGCUUUGCUAAGAUGAAACCAAUAGAAUUAUUGCGUUAUUCUCAGGUCAAAUGCUCACAACAUGUUCUGACUAUGGUCUUGGAGUUUUAUAUAUACAUAUAUAUAUAGAUAGGGAUAUAUGUGUGUAUAUAUGUAUUUAUUUUUUUUCAGUAAGUGAUUAUUUUUUAAGAAUUUUUUUUUUUUUUUUUUUUUGCUAAUUUAACCGGAAAAAUAAAAUAAAAAUCAGGACUGGGAUAAAAGAAGCCUCCCAGGGACAUUAUGUUGGGUGGUGUUCAUACUUUAAUUUCCACGUCCAGGAACCACAGCUCCAAAUUAUAUACUUCUAAAAAAACAACAAAGAGACUUUAUUACUUCUUAUAGAUGAGGCCAUUGAUUCAGGACAGUUUUCAGAAGCGGAGUAGAAUUUUGUGUACACUUGUUUUGUGUCUUGAUGACGUUUCUCAUUUGACUUUAUGGCAAAUUGUUUCCCUGGUUACAAGAAACCUCUUCUCAUUAUCUCCCGCCCUCCCACCUCUCUGUCCAAAGCCUACCCCUAAACCUAUCCCUUGCCUUUGGCUCUUCAACCAAAAUGUUCUUUCAAAAAACAAUUUUUUUAUUUAUUUUAUUUUUUUUAAAGCUCUUAACAGCAGGACAAAUGUCUCUGCUUAAUAAAAUGUUUAAUUUGAAUUUCCCAAAGGGAUACAAAGUUUUUAAUCUAGAGUGCAGUGCAAAGUGCUGCACUAUUGUUUAACUGGCACUGUCUGUAUUUCAACACAACCUAAUGUUGGGAUAUGGGGAAGGGGCACUGGUAAAAUAUGUAAUAUUCCUUGUUGUUUGGUGUUUGUAUACAACACACAUGCCCUGCGCCCCUCACCCCUUUCCCCACCCCAUGUUACCUGUUGCUCUGUUUUCAUGUCUUUAGACGGAGAUCUGUUUUGUUUUUGGCGCUUUUUUUAUUUUAUUUUUAAGAAAAUGGAAAAAAGAUAAAUGAAAAAAAAAAAUGAACCAUUUGUACCUGUGUGCAUAUGAUUGUGUGUACACAUGUAUGCUUCAAUAGACAUUGGUACACACAGACAUACGCACACACAAUAUUUAAAUUUUUUUUGAAUGAAUUCUGAUGCUUUAAAUAAAAUCCAAAGAGUAGCCUGCCUUGUGUGCUUGGCUUA